UCUUCUGUACUCAAUGCUCGUCAAUUUAUCACGUGGGAAAUGUCCCCUUCCGAAGCCGUUGAUAAAUUGACAAGCUCUAAGUGGGUCCGCUGCAGGUCGUGAUUACAAGGGGAUUUGAGCGUGCUCGCACGCCAUCAACUAGUCACAACAACUCGAUAUGGAUCGCACGCUUUAUACUUUCUUGAACAGCAAAAGAUUGAUAGGCGGAACCAAUGAAUAAACUUAGGGUGCCAAAGGGUUUUGUACAUAAGUCUCCACCAUUUCCUGUGUAACGAUGUUCCAGAUCUUGUCUCUUUUAUUCUUCUUCUCUCGCAUCAACCUACAAGUUCACUGAAUCAGACUUGAGCAAUUAAGCAGCAAUGGCUGAACCAGAGCAAAAGUCAGCUGCCAUAGAUACAUCUCAAUCUUCAGACAAUGAAGCCCAGCCCACCGCUCACCAACCAAUCCUCAAACCAAAAUGGCACCGCAGCACCUUCUACAACGCCCUCAUCCUCGGCCUCUGCAACUUCCUCGCUCCCGGAAUCUGGGGAGCUAUGAACAGCCUCGGAGCUGGCGGCGAAGAAAAACCCUACCUCGUCAACGGCGCCAACGCACUAACCUUCUGCCUCAUGGUCGUCUCCUGCUACUUCUCACCCAUCCUCGUGAAACGAAUUGGCAUCAAAUACGCCCUCAUUUUCGGCACCAUGGGAUACGCUCCCUACGCCGCUGGUCUGUACACCAAUAACCGCUUCGGCACGGAGUGGUUUGUCCUCUUUGGUGCGGCGCUUUGCGGGAUUAGCGCAGGUGUCUUUUGGAUGGCGGAAGCUGCUAUUGCUCUCUCGUACCCGGAACCGCAGAAUCAGGGCAGGUUCUUGGGGUUUUGGCUAAGUUUCAGGGUUGGAGGACAGGUGUUGGGUGGUGCUAUUAAUUUGGGACUGAAUGCCAGAAACAAUAACGCGGGGAAAGUUAGCUAUGAUGUGUAUCUGGCUUUCAUUGCACUGCAGGCCUUGGGACCGUUUGUGGGUUUACUGCUCAAUAAGCCGGAGAAGGUGCAGAGGACGGAUGGAGUUCCUGUCAAACUCGCUAUUACGGGGAGUGCGGGCGCAGAACUUAAGGCGAAUCUGAAGUUGUUCUUUAGUAAGAAUUUCUUGCUUAUUGUGCCGUUGAUUGCCCAGGGAGUUUAUACAGAGGCAGUCAUGUUUACGUUUGAGAGUUUGUGGUUUUCUGUUAGAGCGAGGGCGUUGGGGAGCUUUUUGAGUGGGAUUGUGGCUAUUAUUGUAGGGAAUCUUUUGGGGGCUUGGUUGGAUGGGAAGAGGGUUUCGUUGAAGACAAGAGCGAGGGGGGCAUUUUUUGUGAUUUUGGGAUUGCAGGGCAUCUGGUGGAUUUGGGCCACUGUCUUGGUCACUGAUUUCAGAAAGACGAAGCCGACUUAUGAUUGGGUGGAUGCUGGAUUCGGCAAAGGCUUCGCACUAUUCUUGCUCUGGGUCGCAGGUUUUCAAUUAAACUAUAUGUAUUUAUAUUUCGUCGUUGGAGAACUCGCAAGAACUGAUGCGGAGGUGAUUCGAAUUGCGGGGUUACUGCGCGGUACGGAAUCUGCCGUUCAGGCUGUCAGUUACGGCCUCAACAGCAUUCCGAUCAUUGCGGAUGUUGGUGGAGUAUAUCUUAAUUUCGGGUUGUGGGCUUUGGCACUGCUACCAGGGUGGCUUGUGGUCAAAGAGAUUGGCGUUACGUUGGGAGAUAGGAAAUUGGAAAGAGAGAGCCUGGCUGGGAGGGCAGAGGCGAGGAGGGAUGAUGACAAAAAUUGAUUUUGGCUCUGGUCAACGUACGGUGGACGGUCGUAGAGGCCCGUCUGAGACCAUUGAUAGAAGGUGUAGGUUUAAUCUGAUGGUCUUGAAACAUGCAGAAAGGAGACGAU